AAGAUAGUUCUUGAACAAUACAUGAAUAUUGAAUACCUGACUGUUAUUCUUACGAGCUCUGGCAUAUAUUAAAGCGUAAAAAAUAUUACUUGGAUAUAAGCAUUUAACAAAUUAAUUUUUCUGAAUAAAUGGAGUAGGUAUCAUUUGUUAUACUCCAGACAUAUUUCAUCCAUUAUUUGCAAUCGCGAUAUAAUUUGUUAUUACAAAUUAAAAAAUCUUGUAAUUCAGUUUUAACUUAGAUAAAUUAAAUGUUUUAUACCGCGAUAGCAAAAUGUUUUGAGUCUGUCAGCGCCUCUUGCGGCGCGGUUACGAACAAUUGUCAGCUGACCCUGUUUAGUGUUUCUGUUUCUGAGGCGUUAGUUCGAUUGCGUAUAUAUAAAUAAGAGUUUUAUCCUGCAGGUUGUGUUGCAUCGUUGCGUCGUAGCGUCUUGUCGUUUGACAGAUAAACGACAAGAAUGGUGGACAUGAAAUCUAAUGUGAAUUUCGCGUGUCAGCGAUGUCUACAACCUUUAAGAUUAGAUCCAAGUUUCAAUCAUCUAGGAGAACAUACAAUAGCUGAACUAUCAUUACCUAUUCAACAUCAUGUUGUCAGAGAGGUAGAACAACAAAGUGGCAGCUUAGAGCAUUUAGUACCACCAUUUCGCCUCACAGAAUCUGCAAAUGGAACAAAUGGCUUUAUGUUAGUGGGUGACUCAGGAGAAACAGAAGGCCUAAGUCAUCAUUUGAGGGUGCGAGCAACGUUGUUCGAUGUGCUCAGUAGUAGUAGUUCGGCUGAUCAUCCAUUAUGUGAUGAAUGUACUGAUAGCCUAUUGAUGCUAAUGGAUCAACAACUUAGGCUUACAGAAGGUGAAUGGUCUGAUUACAACGAAUACCUCAAAAAAUUAGAAGCCGAGCAGUUACAACAAGGCAAUGAAGAAACUGAAAUAGAGGCUUUGGAAAAAGAACUGCAAGAUGUCAAAGCAGAAGAAGAAAGAAUGAUUAGGGAGCUAGAAGCAUUGAGGAAAGAAGAGGCAGCUACGAAAAAUGCCAUCGCUGAACAAGAAAGAGAGAGAGAAAGGCUGCAAAGCGAGGAAGAAAGAUAUUGGAGAGAAUUUUCACGUCAUAGGAGAGAUCUUAUUUUAGCAGAAGAUGAAUGUCGCAGUUUGGAAUGUCAGCUGGCCUAUGCAGCAUCACAACUUGAAAGACUGAAAAAGACCAAUGUUUUUAAUGCCACCUUCCACAUCUGGCACUCUGGUCAUUUUGGCACUAUAAAUUCCUUCAGAUUAGGCAGGUUACCAAGUGCACCUGUUGACUGGAGCGAAAUUAAUGCAGCAUGGGGACAAACAACUUUACUUUUAACUGCUUUGGCUCGGAAAAUGAAUUUAACAUUUCAAAGAUUUCGAUUAGUACCAUUUGGUAAUCACAGUUACAUUGAAGUCCUUGAUCAACACAAAGAGCUGCCUUUAUACGGCAGUGGUGGAUUCAAGUUUUUAUGGGAUACAAAAUUUGAUGCUGCUAUGGUUGCCUUUCUUGACUGUUUACAACAAUUUAAGGAACAGGUAGAAAAAGGUGACAGUGGAUUUUGCCUUCCAUACAGAAUGGAACGAGGAAAAAUUGAAGAUUCUGCAACUGGAAACUCAUAUUCAAUCAAAAUCCAAUUUAAUUCCGAGGAACAGUGGACCAAGGCCUUAAAAUUUCUGCUGACAAACUUAAAGUGGGGACUUGCAUGGGUCAGCUCUCAGUUUACAAAAGAUGAGGCUGAACAAUGUUCAACAUUAAAUCAAACUGAUCUCAAGCCAACUACCACGAAUGUGUUAUCAUGACUCUGCCAAGACGGCUAUACAAUGUACAUAUACUCUUUGUAAAUAAAUUUAAACUAAUGAUAAAU